CUAUGGAUUUAUUACAGUGAGAGAAGAUAGAGAAAGAGAAAGAGAAAAAGAGAGAGAGAGAGGGAACAAAAAUUUAACAUAGGAAAUGGCGAAGAGAAAGGAGAGAAGAAGAAGCAGCAACAGUUCUACCCCCUCCCCUUCCCCUCCUCUCGAUGACACACCCUUCCCUUCUUUCUGAUUCUCUCUCACUCAUGACUUUCUCUCACUAGAUCUAUAAAUACUCCAUCCCAGAUGAAAUUAAGCCCCUCUUCUUCUAACCCACAAAGAUCAAUCCCAACUGCAUAUACAUCACAAUACUCAUCCAAGAAUGAAAUUUUUGCUUCCGCCGAGGGGGGGUUUUGCGUUUAAUGGUUCUUGUCUCUCUUCCCUGUUGGAUUUCCCGAAUUGGAGGAUGUGCGAAGAAUCAGGUUCAGAACAUCGACGCAAUUCGGCUGUAUAAUGAUGCCCAAUUCUUUUUCGACGAGUAGACGAAGUUUUGCAACCAUGAACUUGAAUGUGGAGACCGAAGAUGCUUUUGUAAGCUUGCUUGAGCUUGCUGCCAAUAAUGAUUUUGAGGGAUUUAAAAAAUACGUCGAAGGCGAUCUAUCGGGUGUCGACGAGGUUGGCCUGUGGUAUGGUCGGAAGAAGGGCUCGAACCAAAUGGUUCUGCAGCAUAUGACUCCGUUGAUGGUGGCCGCCACUUACGGUAGCGUAGAUGUGCUGAAAUUGAUCGUCUCCUUUCCCGAAGUUGACGUCAACCGUCUGUGCGGGAGUGAUAACACCACUGCUCUUCAUUGCGCUGCGUCUGGCGGAUCUGUAAACGCCGUCGAUGUCGUCAAACUGCUUUUGGCAGCAGGUGCGGAUCCGAAUCUCGAGGAUGGAAAUGGACGUCGCCCUGUCGAUGUUAUCGUUGUCGCUCCGAAUCUGGAGAGCAUGAAAGAUUCCCUUCGUAUGCUUCUUGCAGCUACCGAUAGUUUGGUCGAGGAAGGCGAUUUGAGAGCCAUGUUGAAUUCGAAUUUGAAUUCAAUUUCAGGUUCUCCGCCGCGAUCGUUGUUUUUUAAUGGAUCUCCGAGUUCGCCGGAGUUGGAACCUUCCAAGGGGGGGAAGUCGACCGAUAUAUCCGUAUCGUUGCCUGCAGCGGAAAAGAAAGAAUACCCUAUCGAUCCGUCGCUGCCUGACAUCAAGAACAGCAUAUAUUCGACGGACGAGUUUCGAAUGUUUUCGUUUAAGGUUCGUCCGUGCUCUCGAGCCUACUCGCACGACUGGACCGAGUGCCCGUUUGUCCACCCGGGUGAAAAUGCUCGGAGAAGGGAUCCGAGAAAGUAUCACUACAGCUGCGUGCCGUGUCCCGAUUUCCGUAAGGGGGCUUGCCGGAGAGGCGAUAUGUGCGAAUAUGCUCACGGAGUUUUCGAGUGCUGGCUCCACCCGGCGCAGUAUCGUACUCGUCUCUGCAAAGACGGUACGAGCUGCAAUCGACGGGUUUGCUUCUUUGCCCACACGCAAGAAGAGCUCCGACCUUUGUACGUCUCGACGGGCUCCGCCGUGCCGUCACCGCGCUCGGCGACUUCUAAUGCAAAUUCCUUGGAUUUUGCUGCAGCCAUGAGCCUUCUGCCGGGCUCGCCUUCUUCAGUGCCUAUGAUGUCUCCGAAUCCUUUCACUCCGCCUAUGUCUCCGUCGACUAAUGGGAUAUCGACCGCCGGCUGGCCUCCGCAGCAAAAUGUCCCUUCUUUGCAUUUUCCAGGAAGCAACCUACAGUCGAGCCGGCUGCGCUCGUCUUUUAGUGCUCGAGACAUUCCGCCUGAGUACAUGAAUUUGUUUGGAGAAAUCGACGUACAGCAACAGCUUGUGAAUGAGCUCCCGCGUUUGUCGCAACCGAAUAUCAACACAGGCAUGUUGAAUCGACCUGUGCAUCCGAAGAGUUUGACUCCGUCGAAUCUCGAGGAUAUGUUUUCUGCGGAGGGUUCGUCUCCCCGAUACGCCGAUCAAACGUUGGCUUCUGCUGUUUUCUCACCGACGCAUAAAACGGCGGUCUUGAACCAAUUUCAGCAUCAGCAGCAGAGCAUGCUGUCUCCUAUCAAAACAUCUCACUCUCCAAGAAACGUCGACCAUUCUUUAAUGAAGGCUCCUUUUGGGUCCGGUAGGAUGUCGCCUCAGCACAUUGAUCCCGUUUCUCCGAUGAGUGCGCGGAUGUCGAUUUUGGCGCGGCACGAUAAGCAGCAAUUCCGAAGCCUUAGCUCGCGCGAUCUCAACUCUAAUGCUGCGGCUGCUGUUGCGUCGUUUGACGAAACAUGGUCUAAGUGGGGAAACCCGAGCGGACCCGCAGAUUGGGCCGUCGGUGGCAAUGAAUUUGGCAAGCUCAAAAGAUCAUCCUCGUUCGAGCUUCUCAACGGUGGCGAGGAGCCUGACUUAUCUUGGGUUCAGUCGCUCGUCAAAGAAUCUCCGCAGGAUUUGAAGGAAAAAUCGGUGUCUCGUGUUGCGAGCUCCGAAGAAGCUAUGGGUACUUCUACAAGUGAAGGUGGAAAUGCAAAUAAGAAUCAAAUUGAGCAAGUCGACGAAUCUGUUUUGGGCGCUUGGCUGGAGAAGAUGCGGCUCGAUCAACUCAUGGCUCAGUAAACUACAGGCAUUGCUUCUACUAAAGUGUCCAUGGUCGCGAUUUUUGGUAAAAUCACCACCAGAUUUUUAAAUUUUGGUUCAUUGGUAUUAAGCUCUUUAAGGAAACAGGGCAGGAUACGAGCUGCGACAAGAAAGGAUGAGGCUUGGAAUAUAUGAUGCAGAAAAAACUCAUUCUUUUUCCUAUUUUGAUUCAUUCUUUAAAAACUUUUAGAAAUAUUGGAAAGAAUGACCUUUGGGGUGAUUGACUAUAGCCCGGUAUAGCGUUUAAAAAACAAAAAACGACCCUAUUAUUCUCUCGGUUACUGAUGAAUAUAUUUUCCAUUUUGUCUAA